AUGUUGGAAUACGAGGCUGGUUAUGGUGACGACUUCCUUGCCGAGUCCUCUGCAUACGGUGGAGCAUCUCAGCAGACGUCAAUGACACUCUUCAUGACCAAGAAAGUGCGAAAAUAUUUUGCAGCAUUUAUGGCCGGCGCCGCGGCCUCCUAUGAAACGAGGCAUUACGCAACCCAGCCGACCAAGCGAGAGCUGCGAGAUCUUGCCGGAGGAAACGUUAUAGUAGCAGACAUACUCAAUAGAAUCCAAUACGAUUUCGAAACUGGAAGCGCGGCAUUUGGGAAGAUUCGCAAAGAGCUCACCGUAGAUCAACAGCAGAGUCGUUUCACUGUGCUAAUGGACAAUCCUCGAAAGAAGAAGUUGUGUUGGUAUUGGACUUGGGGGAAGCCCUGUCUUUACGGCGGUCACUGCAAGCACCCUAUAGAGGACUACCUCAAUGCUGAUGUUGCUGAUCUGUCUUCCAUUAGUUUUGUGGAAUACGAUAAGAAAAUCGUGUGGGCGCGUGAUGGUGGCGAGUCCAGCGCCGCGUUAUGGAACCACUUCGCUGCCUUGUUCACGUCUCGUCGAGAGCGGCGAUUAAAAAGGAGUCUUAUGGGAGCAUCCAAUGGAUGUCUCCCAUCCCCCUCUAGUCGAUCUCACCCGAGCAGUGCCAACGCCCCCACUUCCCAGAUUGUCACUAACCUCGAGCGUGCUAUGGCUGAUAUGUGCCCUGACACUUGGGUGGCCAUAAUGGCCUUCCUCACCCCUGUAGAGGCUCUUCACACUGCUGUUGCCCUGGCAAGCUCUAAGUAUACGGGGGUUGAGACCUGUAACGGAGCAGUGAAUGCAUCAACGGGAGGCUUGUUGGAUCCUCGAGUGCUGACGAGUAUGAUAGAAAACUUCUGGCCUCCAGCCGCUCUGUUGCAGAGAAAUCAUCAAAAAGGAACUGCAAUUUCGUCGCUAUCCCCAGAGCUAAUACGAUUCAGAGAUCUCACGAACGCUACUGUUUACGCCUAUGCUGUGACUAUAGGAGCUUUCGCAGAGUACCACAAGGUCUUCAGGAAAUUCUCGGCGGAUUCCUCCUCGGCAGAGGCGGCUGAGGAGCCCUCCCGGCACGAGCGGUCAUCUGAGGGUCUUGUCGCUCUUGAUGCGGCCACUGGUCAAUCUCGACCGACGAAAACUAUGUGUAUCAAUCUAGGAAAGAGUGCAAGUUUCGAAAGUCCAUCGAGUGAAGGCAUUGGUUGCAUUCGUCAUAGUCGAUCUAUAGUAGCAUGUACGGUUGGCAACUCUGAAAUAUUUGUCUUUCAACUGGAUGGAGGUAAGCGUGCCGCAUCGACGUCAAAGCCUUGCAAACGGCAGUGUGAGCUCCUGGACAUUCCUCCGAUGAACUCAUCAUCAGCCCAGGACUUGCUCAUUCACGCUGGCGAUGGUGUACUCUAUUGGCGAGAUCUCCACGAUCCGAAUCUGGGGAUACUGGGCCGAGUCCCUCUCGGUCGCGCUGAGCAUAGGGAGGGCUCUUGGCUGGCGGGCCUGUCAAUGGACAUACCGAAUCGUCAAGUCACGGUUGGUCGGAGCCCUGACCUGCCCAUGGGGUACAGCCCAUGUGUGGGCAGUAUCGACAUCUUUGAUCUCGAGACGAGGGAGUUGGUGACUUCAUGGGACCUCCCAUGGGAGACCGGAGGGCUUGUUGCCCUCGACAGAGUGGAUAACCCUGCGUAUGUGGUUGCCUCUACGGAGAACUCUGUAGUCAGUGCCUGGGAUGCGAGAAUAGGAGGGCGAGGUAUAACGGUCGGUGAGCUCCUGGCUCCUCCAAUGCCAAGAGCAAUCGCCCAGAGGGGUCACCUAGUCGCUGUGGGGACCGCCUCAGCCGGAGCUGUCCUAUUCGACGUCAGGAAGCCCGGCAGGGCCCUAGUGUCGGGGGUGGGUGGCCCUGGACUGCCCUGCUCCCACGUUGCUUUCUCGGCAUCUACCUUCACCGCUUGGACCUCCACUAGCGAGGCUAAUCUUGCUUCGGUGUACGACUUGUCGCCAGCGCUCGUGCCCAUCGUCGAGUUGGCGGAGUUACAACAAGAAGUGACUGCAGUGAGCCAACCAGCGAGGAGAUCAGCCGCGGAAGAGUUCCCCUCGAUGCCGGCGCCGAGUGGAUCUCCUGUACUUUGCGUGCUUGGGGUGAGACGGCCGAAACAUAGUGGGAAGGGCGGGAUGAAACAUGACUUGUGUAUAGUGACAGAUGUCAGUGAUGAAAGCGUUGCUGAUGGAAAACGAGAGAUUAAUGUUGGUGAGAUCAGAUUACCCUUCUGA